GCCAUACAGGGGGUCGCACUCAUCUGGGUAACUGCACGCCGGGGCGAUUAACUCCGGGUGUUCCAUCUCUAUUACAGACAGACAUGUCUGCCAAGGAAGUGUCCAGAUCGCCAUCAAGAGGUUCCAGAGGAUCGCCAAAAAGACCUAAAAGUAUAGAGAAGAAAUCAGGAGGCACCAAACGAAAAGGCAGGCAGUCUGCCAAGAAACGUGAAGAUUCGGCUGCAGCUUCCACUGUAGGUCACCCGGAUUAUAUCGCCCCUCUUGUUUUAACCUCGAAGACCCAGGAAAUCUUUCAGUGCCGCGCCAACGAAGACGUCACGCAGGAGAAGCCUUUCAAGCUCCUAAAGAAAGAUGACGUCCUCGGCGACCUGCGAGCGAGAGCCGCCGUGUCCGAUUUCCAUCCGCUGAAGUCUGUUAUCGCGGAGUACCCGGGAGAGGAGCUGCUGCUGGUCUUUGAUGGAGAAUUUAAAUACGGACAGAACUUCUAUCUGGUGUCUACAGAAGAGGCAAAAGAUCUCAUUCUCCACCCCCCAGAAGCCGCGACUGAUGAAGAGGAGAAGGAUGAAGAUGUUGAGGAAUACGUUCCCCAGCCUCUAGUCGUCAGGCCCUGGGUCUCACUGGGAAGUGAAGUGGAAAUUGAAGAUGAAACUUUGAAACCUGCGCGUGCACAGAUAAAGUUCGUGAUUUCGAGGGUUCACCGGGAAUUUGGUUCUCAAGUUACUUUCAGCGAUUCCAACGCAUCAGAGGUUAGAGACGGGUACAUGGAGUGCGUGAGUUACCCCGACACGCAACUCCGCAUCGCGUACAGAGAAAGAGACUCGGGAGUGCAGGCCGUUCCCGUCCUACAGGACAAGAGCACACAGACUAAAUGGACGUACCCCAGAAAUUCCUGCACCCAGUACGAGCCUCGAACGUUUUCCGAAGAAGAAACAGAGAGCCGUCUGUCAUCUAAGGCUGUGAAGGAGUUUAUCAACUCGGUCUCUGUCCGGCUGGAAAUGGCGCUGCAGCAAAACGAAAUCAUGAACGCCUUCUGGGACGACUGGAGAGCGCUGUGUGAGGACGAGAGCGCCUUCGGAGGCAAAUCCGACUGUCACCUGAAGGAGUUCCAGUCAUUCACAGAACACCAUUUCUGCAAAAAUAAAAGCGUUAGCUGCGUGAAUUGGCACCCGACUGUCCCCGGGCUGGUCGCCGUCUCUGUAACAGAACGCCUUUCGUUUGAGGAUCGUGUGAAUUUGUCAUCGAAGCUAGUCCUGAAGCCCUCGCUCAUCCUCCUGUGGAGCUUUGCGGACCCCAUACACCCUCAGCUGAUGCUACAAUCCCCCGAGGAUGUCUCCUGCUUUCAGUUUAGUCCAAGCGACCCGAAUAUCAUUGUCGGCGGCUGCAUAAACGGCCAGGUCGUUGUGUGGGAUAUCUCGGCGUAUGAAGAGAAGCUGGCAGCGAAGACCAACGCCGGCAGCAGCUCCUCUCCCCAGAACCCGCUGGAGCCCACGGUGUCCGGCGAGCCGCCGCUGGUGAGGUUCUGCGCGCUCUCCUCCAUCGAGCACGGCCACAGGGGCGCCGUCACCGACAUACACUGGCUCCCCGACCACUUCGAGGUCACGAGAACCGGGUCUCCGUAUGAGAAUAGAAGCGGGUUCUGCGUUCAGCUCGUCACGUGUUCUACGGAGUGCUCCGUCAUGUUCUGGGACAUCCGAUCGCAGAAACCCCCGGGGCAGAAAAUAGAGAAAAAUCAACCGGAAAAGCCCCAGGGGGUCCCAGACACUUUCAGACACCUUGACCUGGUCUGGCGGCCCCUCAUCAAGGCCACGAUUCCGAGGAUCGCGAUUGGAGGAGAAUCGAGCCCCUUGAGGAUCAGCCUGAGAGAGGAAGAUUUUCACAGCCGGACAGCCGAUAAACUGCAGAUUCCGGCAAAAGAGCCAAAAAUCGAACGAGGCGUCGACUACGGAAAAUUAAGGGCUUCGUCGGCUAAACAUGCGAAGAUUCGGGAUGAUAUUAACACCAAUUAUUUCGCCGGGACCGAGGACGGGGAGGUGAUUUACACCGACUGGAAGAUGGAAAGGGAUGGAGACACCGGAAAAUUAAUAAGUAUGAAGCCGUCACAGACGUGUGUCAUGCAUGACGGUGUUGUUCAUACGGUACAGAGAUCUCCGUUCCUGAAGGAUAUCGUACUCACGGUCGGGGGAUGGAGCUUCGCCAUUUGGAGGGAAGGGGUGACGGGCGGCCCCAUCCUGCAGUCUCGCUGCUCUCGGAGGAGAUACACGGCAGCCCAUUGGUCGCCGGCCCGAGCCGGGCUCUUCUUCAUUGGCAGAGAAGACGGAAACGUCGAUAUCUGGGAUCUGCUGGAGAAAACCCACGAAGCGUCGCAGACGCAGAACGUGUCGGGGGCGGCGAUCACAUCCAUCACGCCGUGGAUCGCGUCCGCAAAGCAGCACUUUGUGGCGCUCGGAGACGAUUGCGGGACUCUGCACAUUCUGGAAAUGCCGUGGACCCUGCGCCAGCCGUCGGCAAACGAGGUCUCCACCGUCCAGAAUUACUUCGACAGAGAAGUGAAACACCUUGAAUACUCGGAGCGGCGCAAGAAGGACGGAACCCUUGGGAAGCGGGAGCCGCACAUGAUGCCUGAAAUCCCCCCUCCAGUAAAAUCAGCAGAACAGAGCGAAGAAGAAUUUGUCCGAGAAUACGAGUCGUACGCGACGUUCGAACAAACGGUCCUCUCCGCGCUGAACACCGAACCGGAACCCGGGCGCGUUUAAACCGGCUCCGUCGCUCCGUCUAACCCUGUACCAGAAUUCCUGUUACCCUCACAAAGACUGCCUGAACCAAGUAACAGUCAGCAGUUUACCGGUAGAGGGGGUAACGGGAGGAAUAAUCCUGCAGAUCCCGAGGGCUGCUCUCGCAGUGGGGGGGUUGUAACAAAUAAAUAAAUAUAUCGUUUUUUUUAAACUGUAAUCUCUGCUUUGUUUAUUUGGUGCAUA